GCUCGCUGCCGGCCCGGGAGGCGGGCACGGACGGACCCGCGCCUCGGUCCCCCGGCCCACAGCCCCGAGCCCUGACAGCCCCGCGCCCAGCAAACAAGGGGAAGCGAUGCUGAUGCUGGACUGCAGCGCAGAGUGUGGUAGUUUCAGCAACUUAUUUGAGACAGGAACCGGUGUGAACGCACCUGCAGAUGCCUCUGGUCAGUCUCCAGCUCACUUGGCUGCUUGUGGUGGUGAAGCUUUCUUCCUACUCUGGCAACUGCAGACAGGAGCAAAUUUGAACCAACAGGAUUGCCUUGGAGAAGCCCCGAUACAUAAAGCAGCAAAAGCUGGGAGUUUGGAAUGUCUUGCUCUCCUUGUUGCUGGUGAUGCUAAAAUUGACUUGUGCAACAACAGUGGGCAGACAGCAGCAGACCUUGCACUGGAUUAUGGCUUUCUGGAAUGUGCCAAGUUCCUCAGGACAAUUCAGCACACUCAGACAAUGAAACUGAGAGGACAGUCUGGAAACUCGCUAAGUGACAGACAUGGCUUGCAGAGAGAGGAUCCAACUGCACAGAAACAAGAAAGUGAAACCAGCAGAUCCAUAAACAGGAAGAGGAGAAGAUCAGAUGAUCUUGUUGCCUAACUGCCAGAAGAAACAUCCUGUAAUCCCAACAUGAAAUAAGGGAAAUCUGAAGUCUGAAGAACCAUGACUGGACGAUACACUGAGCAGUCAGAUGUGUGUGCUGGGACAUUGUCUCCUUCUGAGAAGGAGGAAAGCUUGUUUAUUGUUACUUCUUACAGAAGAAUUUUGUGAGUAUUUUUUUUUUCUCACCUGGAAUACUUGUUUUCAUUCAGCUAUAAAUAAAUGAGCAUAGAAAAAAUUAAUUCUCUUGCUUUUUCUGUGUAAAUAUGACAGCAAAAUUAAUAAAAUCUAGUAAAUAUGGCUACUUUU